AUGUCUAAUUCAGCGGCCGAGCCUAGUCUGACAGCAGAUGAGCGUUAUCUCAAGUCCCUCACUUAUGGGCUGAUUCUUAGCACGGGACUUCUGUCCCUGAUUGUCGUCAGCUUGAGACUUUACACAAGAGCGGUCAUCGUCAACCUGUUUGGACUUGAUGAUAUUGCCGUUUGCAUCGCGCUGGUCGUGACACAAUGUUUCAACGGGCUAGGGAUUGCCGUUGUCUAUUAUGGAGAAGGCCGGCACUUCGAGACUGUAUCCGCCCAAGAUCGAGCAAUUUGGCUCAAGGUACUAUUAAAACAGGCUCUGGCCGCAUUUGACUUGACAAUCACGAACGCAACUUGUUACUCUCAGUUCAAGCUGUUCCAAAUCGUUCUAUACCAAGCAGUGCUGAUAUUCGUCGCGGAUAUCAUUAUGCUAAUUGCACCCAUGUCAAUUCUGUGCGGAUUGCAAAUGCCCGUGAGAAAAAUCGCUGCGUUGAUGGCAAUAUUCGGAACAGGUAUAAUCGCCUGCAUCGCCCCUGUCGUCCGGUUUAGCACGUUGGAUUAUUUGCGUAAAGGGACUACGGAUUUAACGUACGACUCAGCGUCAUCUUUAUACUGGAUGGUUAUCGAGUUCAACCUAGGUCUUGUCGCCGGCUCUCUCUCAUCUUUGAAACCCUUGCCAUUCUUCCGCCGUUUCGGCUCAAGUGCAAACUCGAAAUAUACCGAGUCCACCGGCAACGAACCACAUGAGCUCGCGAAAUUCCGUGCUGGCGAAUUCAAAAAUAACAGGAAGAAGGGUGGUCUAGGAAUGGGGACGACUUUGCUGGAGGAGAGCGUCAACGAGAGCCAGGAGCGCAUAAUUCUUUCAAAGCCCUUGUAA